UUGGGAGGGAGCAGAUAGACCGGGAGAUAGACAGGGAGAAAUGGCGCCUCGAUGCUGCGCUCACUGAGGCGGUGUUUGGAGCCGGCUGGAGAGAUUCGGUGAAGACAGUUCAAAGGAGAAAAACAUGGAGAACACGAGGAAGAGCCCCCGGACACGGAGCGGCGCCUUCAUCUCCUCCAGGACGCGAUCGUCAUCGAGGAAAGAGAGAAACUCAGAGGAACAUAAGGAGCCCAGCAGUGAUGCGAGCAGUCCCAACAGCCCACGGUUGGCACCCCCUGCCAAACGAACGCGCCGGCAGACGGCCUCCGAGCCAAGCUCCAGUGACACUUCGCCGUCCCCUCAGGCAAAGGGCCAGAGGGUCAGCUGGGGCUUGCCAACCUACCGCACCCGGCUGUCUUCUCGCAUAAUGCAAAACGGACACGCGCAAAGGAAUCACAGGAGCGAGGAGAGCGGAGGGGCCGAUCACUCCCGAAUGAACGGCCACGUGGAGCUGAAGAGGAGUUGCCGGGUGAGGAAGAGCCAAUUCCAGCACCUCAAUCAGAGCCUGCUGUUCGACCAGCUGGUCAACAGCACCGCCGAGGCCGUCCUGCAGGAAAUGGACAACAUCACCAGCAUCAGGCAGAACCGUGAGCUGGAGCGACUUCGCAUGUGGAACGGAGAAACGGAGGAGGAAAAUAUGGACAUGUAUUCUCGGGUGAAGCGCAGAAAAUCGAUGCGUAGGAGCACUUUCAACAUGCCUGCGCACCACAAAGUCAUGAGCAAGGAUGAGGAAGAAGAGGAGGAGGAAGAAGGGACGGAAGAGUCGAACGGCGAAGAGGAGGAGGAGGAAGACGCAGAGGAUGACGACGAAGACGACGAAGGGGAUGAAGCUGAGGAGGCCGGGGAGGAAAACGAUAGGCCGUACAACCUGAGGCAGCGGAAGACGGUGCAAAGAUACGAAGCGCCACCGAUCGAGCCUGUGAACAGAAAACAGAGCAACCCGUCGCUUUUUGACACCCACAGAUCCCCAGCAAGAAGAAGCCAUAUUAGAGUGAAGAAACAUGCCAUCCACAGCAGUGACACCACCUCAUCAUCUGAUGAAGAACGCUUUGAGCGAAGGAAAAGCAAGAGCAUGACUCGGGCCAGGAACAGAUGUUUACCCAUAAACCUGACGCCUGACAGCUUGUCCAGCGGUGUGCUGCGGGACAGGGUUAAAGUGGGCACCAGCUUGGCUGAUGUGGACCCCAUGAACCUUGAUAAUUCGGUGAGGUUUGACAAUGUGGGUGGCCUCAGCAAUCACAUUCAGUCUCUGAAGGAGAUGGUGGUGUUCCCUCUGCUCUAUCCUGAGGUCUUUGAAAAAUUUAAGAUUCAGCCUCCCAGAGGGUGUUUGUUCUACGGACCCCCAGGAACAGGAAAGACUCUGGUUGCGCGGGCUCUUGCCAACGAGUGCAGUCAGGGAGAUAGGAAGGUCGCUUUUUUCAUGAGGAAAGGAGCCGACUGCCUCAGCAAAUGGGUCGGAGAAUCAGAACGGCAGCUACGCCUCCUCUUUGAUCAGGCUUACCUGAUGAGGCCAUCAAUUAUUUUCUUCGAUGAGAUCGAUGGUUUGGCUCCGGUUCGCUCCAGCAGGCAAGACCAGAUACACAGCUCUAUUGUCUCCACGCUCUUGGCCUUAAUGGACGGCCUGGACAGUCGCGGGGAGAUAGUUGUCGUUGGUGCUACAAACAGACUCGACUCUAUCGACCCGGCACUCAGGAGGCCUGGACGCUUUGACCGGGAGUUUCUCUUCAGCUUGCCAGACAAGAAGGCCAGAAAGCAGAUUCUGGAGAUCCACACGCGGGACUGGGACCCCAAACUAUCUGAGCCAUUUCUGAAUGAACUUGCAGAAAAAUGUGUCGGCUAUUGUGGUGCUGACAUCAAAGCACUUUGCACAGAGGCAGCCUUGAUGGCGUUGCGCCGCCGAUACCCGCAGAUCUACGGCAGCAGUGUCAAACUGAAGCUGGACGUGGCGUCCAUCGUCCUUGGGCCCGGCGACUUCAGCAAGGCAAUGAGGACGAUUGUCCCGGCCUCCCAGAGGGCCCUGGCUCCCGCGGGCCGGGCCCUGUCCCCCACCCUCAGGCCCCUGUUGGGCUGCUCCUUCUCCUCGGUGCUGAAAACUCUUCUGAGAGUCUUCCCCCACGCUCAGUGUACUGACAGGGACAACCUGCACGCCGGUGACAAUCAACUGCUGGAAGAGGAGUUUUACAGCGACGACGACAAUGAGGAUGGCUCCGCCUCCAUUUACGAAGUUCCGCCUUCUGCAUGCCCAAAGAGUCACCUCUCCUCUUCUGCAAUGCACAGACCCUUCCUCCACUUCUCCUCCUCUUCACUUCAGCACCCCACAGCGUACCGGCCCCGCCUGCUGCUGGCAGGGGCCCCGGGUUCUGGACAAAGCUCCCACUUGGCUCCUGCCUUGCUCCACCACCUAGACAAACUACCAGUGCACCGCCUGGACUUGCCCACCUUGUACUCCGUCAGCGCCAAGACGCCGGAGGAGUCCUGCGCUCAGGUUUUCCGUGAGGCCCGUCGAAGUGUUCCCAGCGUGGUGUACAUGCCUCAUAUCUCAGAGUGGUGGGACACGGUGAGCGACACUGUGAAGAGCACCUUCCUCACCCUGCUGAACGAUGUGCCCUCCUUCAGCCCGGUCCUCAUCCUCGCAACCGCCGAGACUCAGUACUCCAAGCUGUCAGAGGAGGUAAAAAGUAUAUUUCAGAGGACCUACGGGGAGGUGGUAUCGCUGUGCCCUCCAGGAGAUCAGGAGAGGAGGAGCUUUUUCUCUGAUUUGCUGCUGGUUCAGGCAGCCAGGCCUCCUCCUCGACCCAGGAACUCAGAGAGGUGCGAAGAGGUGCUAGCAGUGGCAGAGACGCCGGCCCCUCGGGUCCUAUCGGCGGAGGAACAGCGCCGCCUAGCUGAACAGGAAGACAACACGUUACGGGAGCUCAGGCUCUUUCUCAGGGACGUGACUAAGCGCCUGGCCACCGACAAACGGUUCAGCAUUUUUAGCAAGCCGGUUGACAUCGAGGAGGUGUCGGACUACCUGGAGGUGAUUAGGCAGCCCAUGGACCUGUCCACUGUCAUGACCAAGAUCGACACCCAUCAGUACUUGACAGCCAAGGACUUCCUGGCGGACAUUGACCUCAUCAGCAGCAACGCUUUAGAAUACAAUCCCGACAAGGAUCCUGGAGACAAGGUGAUCAGGCACAGAGCGUGCAGCCUGAAGGACACAGCCCAUGCUAUUUUUGCAGCCGAGCUGGACCCCGAGUUCGACCGAAUGUGUGAAGAGAUUAAAGAGGCGCGCAAAAAGAGGGACUUCCAGACUGUGGGUCAGCCUACCUCAGCUCCUGGUGCUUUACCAACUCGAAAACAGCAUCCUGCAGGAGACGAGCAGGCCAAGACGAACUCCCAAGGCGAGGCCGCUUUCAAACACUGCACUGCCAAUCAUCUGAAGAGGAAGAUUUGCAGGCGGCCAUCUUGGAAGCGCGGCAUCAUACGCAAGAAGAAAAAUUACAAGAAAGGAACAGAGGAGGAGGAAGAGGAGGCGGAGGCGGAAGCCACCGUUCCCAGCGACUCGUGUUUGACACAGGACGAGGAAUCGUCGUGUGACACUCCAGGUCCCCAAGCCAACGGGCAUCAUCCGCACGGCCCGUCCACAGAAGAGGAAAGCUCCAACGAACCCCCCAUUGUGGCUGAAGGCAGAAAGGAUGCAAAGCCCAAAGAGGAGGAGGCGACGGCGGCCAAAGAAGGACAAGCUGAGACCCCAGAGAAACGCACAGAACAACGCUGCCUCUGUGGCACUCCUCUGCCCAACUCGGACGAGGGUAGUCCGGCCAGGCGGGCCGACUUCCAGCCUUUGAUGGAAACACUCAAGUCGUCGAAUGCUCAGGUCCAGCCUAAACAUGCGGAGGGUCUCCGGGUUUCACGAGUGGACUGCGUGAAUGGGACGGAGUCGAUGGACAGCGUAGACUUACAUAGCCUCAAGAGGAGCAACGAGGCCGACACAAGGACUCCUCCGAGCUCGGCUGAAGGCUGUAAUAAGCCAGAACAGGAAGAGCACAAAGACAUAAAUGUGAGUAAGCAAACUCAGGAGCAGCAUCCCCUGGAUGGCGACGCAGUUACACAGACUGUUGAGGAGGAUCAAGGGAAAGAAGAUGGUUCCCGAGAAAAGACGAGCAAGUGCAGCACGUCGGAGCCGCUGAAGUUAUCAGCCGGGAGGAUGGAGGAAGAGGCGGAACCGGCCCCUACUUAUCCUCCGGUGGUGGUGGACCACCAGCGACUUCUGGUUCUGCUGAGUUUGGUGGUAAAGAAGAGUGAGGGCUACAGCGUGGAGCAGCUGGAGAGACUCUACUCCCUCCUUAGCCAGUGUAUCUAUCGGCACCGCAGAGAAUACGACAAGACCCGGCUGCUGCAGGAGAUGGAGGAGAGAAUCCAGCAUUUUGAUACAUUCCUGUGAGGUGGAGAGAAGAAACUUUUCAGGUAGAUCCUGAUCCGCCUGGGACCACAAAGACUCACAAACCAACAAAAAAUAAAUAUAUAUAUGAAAAAAAAAAACAGAAAACACUCACAUACUCACGAAUCAAUCCCGAUUUGUGAGGAUGAGGACAUUCAUUGGUGCUAUCGUCUCAGGAACCUAGCCAUAUCCACAUCCAUUCAACACACACAAACACACCCACACACAAAACACACACCCACAGUGAUGGGCAACCCUGGUGCUACUCGGGUGCUAUCCUAAUAUCCAUGCUGCUCUUGGGAAAACUUCUCAACUCACUUAAAAAAAAACAAAUCGGGUGACGUCUCAUCGCAACCUGAACGCUUCUCUCCACACAGCCGGCAGCUCGUACACACACACACACACCCCCACACACACGCCAACCUAACGAGACCCUCACCAGCAAAAGUGUCAAUGCGGAGCGCUGCGUCGUAGAGGACCGACCGCGUCCUGAAUCACUGUUGCAGCCCCCUCCUCUUUACCUUAACGGGGGAGGAACUCCUCGCCGUACAGGCCAGUUAUCGCCGCGCUAUUACGCUGCCGAGUCUUUCUGCCGUUUCAGCCGCUUGAGCCGCUCGAUAUCUGAGCCAGAGGCGGGGGAAACGCCCUCUCCCCAACCCCCACCCGAACAAAAAGCUCGCAGAGAGAUUGGUUAGGUGAUGAGGUUGGCACAGCAGGACCGGGAGCAAUCAUGUCCUGUUCAUUAUAGCGGUCAUCUGGUGUGGAAAGAUGACCGCUAUAAUGCCAAGUGUUAUUCCCCCCCCCCCCCAGAGACCUCCAAGGGUUUUGAAUUAGUGGGUUUAUAAAGGAGACGGACCUCCUUAUGAGUUUAGUUUCAGCAGAUAGUUCCUGUCCUGAAUAGCUUCACAGUUUGAAUGUUUCUGUGGGCUCAAAUUUCGGGCCUAAAAUAUUCUGCUCUUUCAAAUUACAUUAUAUAUCCUUCUACAAGAAAAUGGCUGUUGGGGGGGGAUAGUAUAUGUGAUUCAGUUUUGUGAAACUGAUCAGAUGAGUAAAACUCAGCUGCUCUCUGCGUGCGCCUUUGAAGUUUACGCUUUAAGCUGAUCCUGAUUGGACGGUGGUCGCGUAAAAUGACCAAUCAGAAGAGAUGAGAGUAGACACUGUUUACUUUUCCUGCUGUUUAUAGAGCUUUUAGUUUUCUCCAAUUGUGUAACGCAACACGACGACACCCCUCAAUAUUUUCUUGCUCCACACAAACAAAAGUUUUACCUGCAUAGAAAUAUUUCCGGUUGCGAAAAACCUUAUCAGUAAAAGUUUGCCGGCUUUAUUGGAACUGUAGUCAAUAUCCUUUUAGCUUUUCUUGGUUCAGGAAGUUUUCCUGGCGCUUAUCUCACACCACCUGCUAGCAACGAAUAAUAAUAAUACUCGGAUUACAAAUCAUUACAAAUCAACAUUUCAGUGUAGGUAGAAAUGCCAUUUUGGAUUCUGAAUUACAUUUUUUAUGAAGUAUGUACUGUCUCCAAACAAAGCAAUUUGCUGAUUGGUUACUUGGUGUAUAAAAUAUUUGCCAAAAUCUGCACUUUAAACUUAAAGAGGCCCAUGCAGAGGGCAGCUGACUUUUCUACAGAGGUUCAAAGGUGCCAGAAUUGUAUAAAUAUUUUGUAAAAAAAAAAAAACGGAAAAGUGAUCAAAUCUAUAAUUAUUAAAUUGUUUUGAUAAAGAUGUUUAUGAAACACAUCUGUUUGCGCUUGAGUUAAAACGGUUCUGGUCGAUUUUAAUCUGAAGAGGAUGUUCUUGUACAAUGUGACCAAGCACAUGUUGAGGCCUGUUUUGAUGAGUCACAGUUAUACAGCAUGAUGCACUGCAACACGGGAGCCAUGUGAGAAACGGUUUAAACUAAAUAAUGCUUUUACCGUACAAAUUCCAAGUAUUUCAAUGUAGUUAUUGAACAAAGGCAAAAAAAUGUAGUCGUUUCUAAAACGUACUUUUUGUGCAAAAGGAUGUUGACAAAAUUGAAUCACACCUUCAUUUCCCAGGCACGCUAAGAUGUAAAAGUACAAAAUAUUUAGGCCAAAUUUAAACCCAUAUGUUUCCCUUCUCUUUAGCUUUGCCCACUCCCACCCAAUAUACCCCUCCCCCCCAUCGAUUGUACCCACCAACACCCCUGACUUGAGGACCUGGAAGGACAGAUAGGAAGGCGACUUGUAGGUUGCACUGCCUAGUGUGUGCCUUAUUUUAAACCCUGAUGGAACAGAUUCAGUUUAGUUUUAGACGUGGAGGGUCUUAACCAUGGAUAGUCUAUAAAGGUAUAAACUAAAGACUGAAUAAAACAUGUUAGUUUUAACUGUGACCUGAGCGACAGAGAUGGGAUUUAAAAAAAAAAAGACCCAGAGGAACUCCCCUGAUGCGUCUGCGACACUUGAAGUUUCGUUCCUGCGUUUCGAGGAAUUCACGUCUUAUCAGGCCCCGGGGCCAGCCGGCCGAGGUUGGCCUCCACCUGUAACGAGUUUGUCUUUUAUAUGCAAGAAUCAAACGGCGCGAGUCCGAGGAUUUUGUUGUGCCAACCGUUCUCCCGCUCCCUCCAAUGGUGCUGACACGACGGCGCCUGUUCGCUAGCCGUCUGUUUUAAACUCAACAUACUCGGUGGUCAUUACCGUCUGUUUUUUUUUUAAAAAUUUUUUUUAAUGUGUUUUGUUACCUUUUAUUUGUUCUUUUUAUAUAAAAAAAAGAGUUUUCUUUGCUUGAAUUGAGAUUGUUUUUGCAUGCAUGGGGAAUUCAUAAUGAACAAGGCCAUUCUAGGCAGUGCCCACCCCUCUUUACUUACAGUGUGCUACAUGAUUUAGCUUCUUCUUCUUUUCUAUCAGCAGAUUAGAGAAGCUGGAUUCUCAUCUCUGGCCGUCGCAGUAAAAGUUUUCUUCUUUCUGUGGUAAAUUAAGGUGCUUACUGGAGCUUUAUAAAGGUUUAUCGGUGUUCUCAUGCUUUUUUAAAGAUGUUCUGAGCAGGUGUGGACUGGAGAAAGCCUCCCCUCUAUCCUCCAUUUCUUUCUUUUUUUUUUUCCCUCAAAGCAAUCCUCGAACCUCUCGGGUCAGCUCUAACUCAAGCUCACGUCUGCCUUUUUCCCCCUCUAACUCUUGGUGACGAAAGCAAAGACGGUAUGCAAAACUGGCGAUGACAGGUUAGUACUUGGACUACUGCGGAGAGGGUGGGAAAAAAAACAAAAAAAACAAUGCUACCUCAGCUUAAUUUAUUUUAAA